AAAGCUGCUGGUCAUUAACUCUAUCCUGGAGCAAACCAGUUACUAAUGUGUGUGAAGGGUGAAAAGAGCAAGCUCCCACCCCCAUCUAAAUGGACCACUCCUGAUGACGUCACAACCUAAGUGGUUGCCAAGGCACUGCUGGAGGUAGGCUCUCAUUUCUCUUCAGGUGCUCUAGGGUGUAGAUGUGAGAAGGUGAGGAAGGGAGGUAGAUGGCGACGAAGAACAGCUCUAGCCCUAAGCCCCUGGGCACAGCCCAGGGCGACCCUGGAGAGGCAGGAACACUGCCAACCGCCGAGGCUGGCAUCCGGGACACAGGUUCCACUCAACUAAAGACGAAGCCCAAGAAAAUUCGCAAGAUCAAGGCGCUCGUCAUUGACCUGGGCUCGCAGUACUGUAAGUGCGGCUACGCUGGAGAACCGAGGCCCACCUACUUCAUCUCCUCCACGGUGGGCAAGCGCAGUCCCGAGAUGGCUGCGGACGCUGGAGACACCUUCAAGGAGACGUACGUGGGCCACGAGCUGCUCAACAUGGAGGCGUCGCUGAAGCUGAUUAACCCACUGAAGCAUGGUGUUGUGGUGGACUGGGAUUGCAUCCAGAACAUCUGGGAGUACAUCUUCCACACUGCCAUGAAGAUCCUCCCCGAAGAGCACGCGGUGCUGGUGUCCGACCCUCCGCUCAGCCCCAGCAGCAACCGGGAGAAGUACGCUGAGCUCAUGUUCGAGACCUUCGGCGUUCCCGCCAUGCAUGUGACCUCUCAGGCGCUGCUGUCCAUUUACUCAUAUGGCAAGACCUCCGGGCUGGUUGUGGAGAGCGGGCACGGUGUGUCGCAUGUGGUGCCCAUCUCCGAGGGAGACCUGCUGCCAGGCCUGCCCAGCCGUGUAGACUAUGCAGGCUGCGACCUCACCAACUACCUCAUGCAGCUGCUCAACGAGGCGGGUCACAAAUUUUCAGACGACCACCUGCACAUCAUAGAACACAUCAAGAAGAAAUGCUGUUAUGCCGCACUGCUGCCAGAGGAGGAGAUGCGCCUGGGCCUGGAGGAGCUCCACGUAGAUUACGAGCUCCCGGAUGGCAAGGUUAUCACCAUCGGCCAGGAGCGCUUCCGCUGCUCCGAGAUGCUUUUCAAGCCAUCCCUGUUGGGCUCUACCCAGCCUGGCCUCCCCGAGCUCACAGCCACCUGCCUGGCUCGCUGCCAGGAUAGUGGCUUCAAGGAGGAGAUGGCAGCUAACGUGCUCCUGUGUGGUGGCUGCACCAUGCUGGACGGCUUCCCAGAGCGUUUCCAGAGAGAGCUUACUCUCCUCUGCCCCGGGGACAGCCUAACGGUGGCCUCUUCUCCUGAGAGGAAGACAUCAGUGUGGACCGGCGGCUCCAUCCUGGCCUCGUUGCAGGCUUUCCAGCAGCUUUGGGUCAGCAAAGAAGAGUUUGAGGAGCGGGGCUGUGCAGCCAUCUACAGCAAGUGCUAA